AUGAACAUGACGACAACUCCGCCAUUAGAUCAGCAGAAUCUGGAUGGGGACUCUGAGAUGCUGGUUCCUCACUCCGAAGAGGUUGUUGUUGAAGGUCCCCAACCCAUGGAAGUGGUCCAAGCUGAAAACACUACUGCAGAAAACACAACUACAGUGGAUGCUAUGGCAGUAGAAGAUCCGCCAUCUGGGAGAUUCACCUGGGCUAUUGACCAUUUUUCAAGGCUUCAGAAGAAACAUUAUUCUGAUGUUUUCACUGUUGGGGGCUAUAAAUGGCGGAUACUGAUCUUUCCGAAGGGGAACAAUGCUGAACAUCUGUCAAUGUAUAUAGAUGUUGCAGAUUCAGUUUCAAUGCCUUAUGGUUGGACUAGAUUUGCACAGUUCAGCUUAUCUGUGGUUAAUCAGGUUCACAGUAAAUAUACCAUCAGAAAAGAAACACAGCACCAGUUCAAUGCACGUGAGAGUGAUUGGGGUUUCACUAAUUUCAUGCCUCUUUCUGAGUUGUAUGAUCCUGCUAGGGGCUAUAUCGUGGACGACAGGUGUAUACUUGAGGCUGAUGUGAAUGUGCGCAAAGAUCUUGAUUACUGGGCACAUGACUCAAAAAAAGAAACUGGUUGUGUUGGUUUGAAAAACCAAGGAGCUACUUGUUACAUGAAUUCUCUUCUUCAGACAUUGUAUCACAUUCCUUAUUUCAGAAAGGCUGUGUACCAUAUGCCCACAACAGAAAAUGAUAUGCCAUCUGGGAGCAUCCCUCUGGCAUUACAGAGUUUGUUUUACAAGUUGCAGUAUAAUGACAGCAGUGUAUCAACAAAAGAGUUAACAAAGUCUUUUGGAUGGGAUACAUAUGAUUCAUUCAUGCAGCAUGAUGUCCAAGAACUUAAUAGGGUUCUUUGUGAAAAGCUAGAAGAUAAAAUGAAGGGAACUGUUGUUGAAGGCACUAUACAACAGUUGUUUGAAGGCCACCAUAUGAACUAUAUUGAAUGCAUCAAUGUGGAUUAUAAAUCAACACGAAAAGAGUCAUUUUACGAUCUUCAGCUGGACGUCAAAGGCUGUACCGAUGUGUAUGCUUCAUUCGAUAAGUAUGUGGAAGUGGAAAAACUUGAGGGUGAUAACAAGUAUCACGCAGAGCAGUAUGGUUUACAGGAAGCAAAGAAGGGUGUAUUGUUCAUUGAUUUUCCACCUGUUCUCCAGCUUCAGUUAAAACGGUUCGAGUAUGAUUUUGUGCGAGACACUAUGGUUAAGAUCAAUGACCGCUAUGAGUUCCCCUUGCAACUAGAUCUUGAUAGGGAUGAUAGAAAAUAUCAAUCUCCUGAAGCAGAUAGAAGUAUUCGCAACCUGUAUACACUUCACAGUGUUUUGGUUCAUAGUGGUGGAGUUCAUGGUGGUCACUACUAUGCAUACAUACGUCCGACUCUUUCAAAUCAGUGGUUUAAAUUUGACGACGAACGAGUAACAAAAGAAGAUACAAACAGGGCUUUAGAAGAGCAGUAUGGUGGUGAAGAAGAGUUACCUCAUACAAAUCCCGGUUUCAACAACUCUCCUUUUAAAUUUACAAAGUACUCAAAUGCAUAUAUGCUUGUCUAUGUACGUGAAAGUGACAAGGAUAAGAUAAUUUGUAAUGUGGAUGAAAAGGACAUUGCCAAACACCUUCAAAUAAGAUUAAAGAAAGAACAGGAGGAAAAGGAGAAGAAGAAGAAGGAGAAGGCUGAGGCUCAUUUGUAUACCAUCGUAAAGAUUGCCCGUGACGAUGAUCUACAUGAACAAAUCGGAAAGGAUAUGUUCUUCGAUCUUGUGGACCAUGAUAAAGUGCGAAGUUUUCGCAUUCAAAAACAGACACCCUUUGUAAUUUUCAAGGAAGAAGUUGCAAAAGAGUUUGGCAUACCAGUUGAGCACCAACGCUUUUGGCUGUGGGCAAAACGUCAAAACCAUACUUAUCGGCCAAGUAGGCCAGUGACAGCUCAGGAAGAAACACAGUCAGUUGGUCAGUUGAGAGAAGCUUCCAAUAAGGCAAAUAAUGCAGAGUUGAAGUUAUUCUUGGAAAUAGAGAAGGGACAGGAUUUUCACCCUAUUCCUCCUCCUGAGAAGUUGAAAGAGGAGUUGUUGCUAUUCUUUAAACUUUAUGAACCUUCAAACGAGAAGCUUCGGUAUGUUGGGAGGCUUUUUGUGAUGGGUAGCAGAAAGCCAGCAGAUAUAUUGGCGAAACUAAAUGAAAUGGCUGGAUUUGCUCCAGAUCAAGAAAUUGAUCUGUAUGAGGAAAUAAAAUUUGAACCUAAAAUCAUGUGUGAACUUGUUGACAAGAAGUCUACUUUUCGUGAUAAUCAGCUAGAGGAUGGUGAUAUUAUUUGCUUCCAGAAGUCCCUUCAAGCUGGCGAGGAACAUCAAUAUUGCUAUCCGGAUGUUUAUUCAUUUUUUGAUUAUGUGCAAAACCGUCAAGUUGUUCGCUUUAGGUUUUUGGAGAAGCCUAAGGAGGAUGAGUUCAGUCUUGAGCUGUCAAAGCUUCACACUUAUGAUGAUGUUGUAGAAAGAGUCUCUCAACAUCUUGGUUUGAAUGAUCCUUCUAAAAUCAGACUCACAUCUCAUAAUUGCUACUCCCAACAACCUAAACCACAACCUAUCAAGUACCGAGGAGUGGAUCAUUUGUCUGACAUGCUGGUUCACUACAAUCAGGCUACUGAUGUUCUAUACUAUGAAGUAUUGGAUAUUCCUCUGCCUGAGUUGCAAUGCCUAAAAACACUCAAGAUUGCUUUCCAUCAUGAUGCUAAGGAUGAAGUGAUGAUAAUUAGAUUACCGAAGCAUAGUACUGUGGCAGAUGUAAUUAAUGAUCUAAAAUCUAAGGUAGAUUUAUCAUAUCCUGAUGCGGAACUUAGAUUGCUUGAAGUGUUUAAUCACAAGAUCUAUAAGAUUUUCCAUGUCAAUGAAAAUAUCGAGAAUAUUAAUGAUCAUUAUUGGACAUUACGAGCAGAAGAGAUUCCAGAAGACGAGAAAAACCUUGGCCCUCAUGAUCGGAUGAUACAUGUUUAUCAUUUUUUGAAAGACACUGCUCAAAAUCAAAUGCAUGUUCAGAACUUUGGAGACCCGUUCUUCUUGGUUAUCCGUGAGGGUGAGUCAUUAGCUGAAGUCAAAUUGCGGGUGCAAAAGAAGCUACAAGUUCCAAAUGAGGAGUUUUUAAAGUGGAAGUUUGCUUUUGUUUCACUUGGUCGUCCUGAGUACCUUCAAGAUUCUGAUAUUAUUUCCAGUCGAUUUCAGAGAAGGGACAUAUACGGCGCAUGGGAGCAAUAUCUUGGACUGGAGCACACAGACAAUUCACCAAGAAGAUCAUAUACAGCCAAUCAGAAUCGUCAUGCGUUUGAUAAACCAAUAAAAAUCUACAACUAG